UCAUAAGGGUCAUAAGCGUCAUAAGCGGUCAUAAGCGUCAUUGGUGUGUGAGUAUAGAAGAUUGAGAGAUUAAGAGCGAUUAAGAGUACGGAAAGGAAAGAUAAUUUGAUGCAGUAAAAUGGGGAAGAAAAAAGGAAAGAAAGGUGGGGACCAACCGGGGAAGCCAGAGCAAAGUGCUGCUGAGAAACAAGAAAGUGAAGCUAAACAAGUGGAACUAUCACAACCACAGCAGCAGCAAAAGAAGAAGAAGAAGAAGCAGCAGCAGGAGGAACCAGCACCACCACCUCAGCUAGGAGCAGUUGGUGGUAGUGAUGCUGGGCCAUCACACCAAACAGAGAAGCAAAAACAAAAGGGGCUACCACAACAGCCACAGUCACAGCAGUCAGCUGAGCCUCCUAGUGGUUAUGUUGCUCCUCGUAUUGGUACAGGCCAGACACAACCAGACAAAGGCCAAGCAGAACCUAGACCAAGACUACCACCACAGCAGGCCCAGCCACCACAGGAGCCACCUCCUCCACCUUCCACAUGGAGGAAACCCAAACAGGCUGAAGCAAGCCAUGAACCACCUUCACAGACUUCUGACAUUCAGGCACAAAGUAGAAGGCCUCCAGUGGCACCUUCACCUGGAUUUCCUGGUAUGAAGGGACCAUUACCCUCACAGCAGGUAACAGCUCCACAACCUGGGAUGGGAAGAACUCCACCAAGAGAAGUCUCUAAAGAACCUAGACCAAGACUACCACCACAGCAGGCCCAGCCACCACAGGAGCCACCUCCUCCACCUUCCACAUGGAGGAAACCCAAACAGGCUGAAGCAAGCCAUGAACCACCUUCACAGACUUCUGACAUUCAGGCACAAAGUAGAAGGCCUCCAGUGGCACCUUCACCUGGAUUUCCUGGUAUGAAGGGACCAUUACCCUCACAGCAGGUAACAGCUCCACAACCUGGGAUGGGAAGAACUCCACCAAGAGAAGUCUCUAAAGGAGCUGUUCAGCGAACUGUAGGCGAUAAAUCCGAUAUUGCAGCUCUAACGCAGUCCCUUCAGACUUUUCGUAUACCAACAAGGAAGGAUCAACAGAAAUGCGGCACCAAGGGAAAGCCAAUAAUUGUUGAAACUAACCAUUUGGCACUGGAUCUAAGAAGAAUACGAAACAACAUUGUUAUUCAUUAUGAUGUGACACUUAAUCCUUCACUUCCAAAGAGAAUGCUCAGACCUGCCAUGGAAGAAUUCAGACGAAAACAUUAUCCAGGGCGAUUUCCAGCAUUUGAUGGAAAGAAGAACUUAUAUAGCUCUGGAGAACUGCCAUUUGGCAGAGAGAUAUAUGAUGAUGUCAUAGUGUGUGAUGAUGAGAGCGGUAGAGAAAAGACUUUCAACAUCACCAUAAAGUACGCAUCUCAGGUUGAUUUGCGAUCUUUAUCCAAGUACAUGGCCGGUGGAACAUCUCUUGCCAGUCCGCAAGAAGCAAUUCAGGCUCUUGACAUUGUACUGCGCAAUGCUGCAGCCUUCAGGUUCACCCAGGUUGGACGCUCUUUUUUUACUCCUCCAAGGGAUCAAAUAUUGGAUCUAGGUGAUGGCCUAGAACUGUGGUAUGGAUUUUUUCAAAGUGCCAUCCUGGGAUGGAAACCCUUCGUCAAUAUUGAUGUGGCACACAAAGGCUUUCCCAAAGCAAAAAAUGUCGUAGACAUUAUUAUGGAGAUAUGUAAGACCCGCCAUGAAGACCUUCAGAGAGGACUGACAGUCUGGCAACAGGCAGAUUUUUUGACAUACAUUCGUGUGCUGGGUAGCAGUCAUGGUAGGGGUAUCGGGCAGAGGCUACAGAAAGCAAUGGGAGAUGCAUAUGCUGUGACCAGCAUAUUCAAGCCCAAUGCUGAUCUGAGCAAUGUCACUGGGGACAUUGGAAAAUUGUGCAAAGGUUUCAGUAAAGAAAAUCGUGUAGUUAUAGUUGGGGGGCCAG